GAAUGCGCGUGGUUUGGAGCGGGAUGAUGACUUCGCCUUCAUGUUCCUGUCUGAGGAGGACGCCUAUGCCGAGGGGGGCACAGCGCUGGCCGAAGCAUGGCUGGAAGUGGCCGGCCAGGCAUACGAGCGGCUGAUGCCGGCGGCUGUAGCUGGGCGGCGAGCGCAGCAUCUGCUCACCUUCUCGGAGAGGGCAGCCGUCAUCAAUGCCCUCAAGACCCGGGCUGAGGUGCGCACGCACAUGGAAGGAAGGGGUUGUCCUCUCCCUCCCCAGCAUGUGGAUGUCGACUUUCUUUCAGUACAGAACUUCAGCACCGGCAAGGGCUAUGGCAUCAUUGAAGUGCUUGGCGAAGCAGUCCAAGCUGCCGUUGGACCUGGGGGCGAUCCAGCUCUCGGCGAAGCAGCCCAGGCUCAGGAAUCUGCCUGGCAGGCUGCAGUGGCGGAGCCGCCCAUGCUCCCCAUGCUGGAGGACAUGAUCGUGUCCAAGUACAGGGCCAAUGACCCAGUAUGGUCAGCCCUGCUGGGCUGGUGGCUGACAGCCACCGGAGUUCUUUGCUACGCGCACGUCAUGAGGUCAUGGCCCAGGCGGUUGAGCCACUCCACUUUUCACGGACGGUGCUCCAGAGGCAAACAACGGCAGAACAGGCAGGGGUUCGACUUCUGCAUCCCUGCUGUUUUCGCCUGUAGCUGGCCCUGGGGGCAGAUUGCGGCGAGGUACGCCCUUUCCUUGCGCACCAAGCACAAAGUCCUUGUCAUUGCCCAUGCCCUACAGGCGUUUGAUGCCUGGGAGGUGAUCCCGCCGGAGGCAGUGGAGGCGGUGCUGCCGGCGGCGGAGAAGGCGGUUGGCGCCGCAGUUGCUCAGGACAGUGCGGCCUUAUGGAGCUCGCCAGCGGAGAAGGCGGACAUCAAGAAGCGCCUGGUGAUGUUGAAGCAGCGCCAGAGCACCACUGCAGUGCGCCAGGCCAGUGGGCGUAGGCGGGGGUCGCAUGUGGAGAUGCCCAGCGCCAUCAAGGGCAAGAAGGUGUCGCCCACGCUCCGUGAUGGGGCACUGCGUGUGCGCUGUGGCAAUCCGGGGCAUGUGCCCAGUCGGAG